AAGAUGGCUGCUGCCUUGGAAUGCGGUGGGUGCUGCGGGAAACAUCGCACCAGCUCAGACGACUAGCUAGGCGGACUAGCUAGCACUCUAGCACAGCUCAACAACAAGCAACAACUGUGUCCGCUGUUCAUUAUUGGUGGCUAAGUUCAUUUGUUGAAUUUGUGCUUUUCCGGUCAUUUUUCGUGAUCGUCGAUUAAGUUUUAGGCCUACGUAUGCCGAAGGCCAGAGUGAAGAAGCCGCCGUCAUGUUUCUAGGAUAUUGUCUUGCCGCACGAGAAAGGACUAUUCGAAAAUGUCACAACGGGAUCUCUCAGAGGUGGAACCAGAGGGUACGUCAGAGCUGCCAGCAGCCAGCAAAGCACUGUUUGUGGAGAAAGUUCGCCAGUCAAAUGCUGCUUGUCAGGGUGGUGAUUAUGCAAAUGCAGUCACUCUGUACACAGAUGCUCUGCAGCUGGACCCCACCAACCACAUCCUCUACUCCAACAGAUCUGCCGCCCUUAUUAAGAUGGGUCAGUUCACUCAGGCCCUGCAGGAUGCCACAAGGGCCAGGGAGCUCAAUCCCAAGUGGCCAAAGGCGUAUUAUCGACAAGGCGUAGCAUUGCAGUGCCUGGGCAGGCAUGGAGAAGCCCUAGCUGCUUUCAGCUCCGGCCUGGCUCAGGACCCAAAGUCCAUCCAACUGCUAGCUGGUCUUGUCGAAGCUUCCAUCAAAUCUCCACUCAGAGCAGCUCUAGAACCAACUUUCCAACAGCUUGAAGCUAUGAAGCUGGACAAGUCUCCCUUUGUGAUAAUUUCUGUGGUGGGGCAAGAGCUGCUGGGAGCUGGCCAUUAUGCCUCAGCUGUUGUUGUUCUGGAGGCUGCUCUCAGGAUCGGCACUUGCAGUCUCAAACUUAGAGGCUCUGUGUUUUCUGCUUUGUCGUCUGCCUACUGGGCUCUCAACUCUUUGGAUAAGGCAAUAAGUUUCAUGCAGCAGGAUUUGGCAGUUGCCAAGUCUCUGGGAGACAUUUGUGGAGAGUGCAGAGCCCACGGCAACCUGGGCUCGGCCUAUUUCAGCAAAGGCAGCUACAAGGAAGCCCUCACCUCUCAUCGUUACCAACUUGUUCUUGCUAUGAAAUGCAAGGACACUGCAGCCGCAGCUGCUGCUCUUACUAGUUUAGCUAGAAAGGAUAUCGCUAUCUUCUCUGUCGAAUGA